AUGAAGAACGCCGUUUUCGCGUUGUUGAUGUUGCUAAAGCGCGUGGCAUCUUUUCAACACUCCUUUGACGGUACCGCUCUGAGGCAGGAAGAGUCAGGCGGUUAUGAGGGUAGGAUCCCCUUUCAGCUUAUCAUGACGGCGAAGCAGGGGUCUAUCGAUGAGCUACCACCAGAGGUGCGAGAGAACGUUCGCAAGACGUUGAACCUGAACCCCGAACUGCGUGUGCGAUUUCUCAACGACUCAGAUUGCAGCGACUUCAUUGCUUCCAAUUUCGGAUCUGAUCUACAUUCCGCGUACAUCAACGAGAAGUACGGAGCUUAUCGAGGCGAUAUCUGUAGAGCGGCGGUGGUUGCGCUCGAGGGAGGCUUUUACGCUGAUUUAGACAUGCAGUUCCGGGUUCCUUUCUCAGAAAUGGUAGACGACAGUACAACUUUCAUGAGUUCGUUUUCCAAGGAUUGUGAGAUUUUGAAUGCUAUUUUCGCGGCAGAGCGUGGCAGCAAGGUAAUGCAGCGUGUUCUAGAGGAGAUCAAGGGUUGGUACAAUGGGAGUGAGCCUACCAACGGAUUGAUGGGUAUUGUGACGAUGAUGCACGGGUUGCAGAAAGUGGUGCAGGAGGAGUGCCCAGGGGUAAACGUCAAGAAAGAAAGUUCUUCGGGGGCUGAAGUUCAAUGUGGGCCUCACCAGAAUUUCUUGCUCUACAGGGAGCAGCAUUUCAAGUGCCAGUUGGGUAUGGGCAACGAUCGUCGUUACUUAGAGGCACAUCCCGAGUGUACACCGGCGCGGGUCGCCAACAACUUCUUGGGCGCGCAUUACGGCAUCUUCAGGCCCACGAAGGGGAAGGUGCGUGGGCCUUUGCUGGCGUGGUCCCGAUUCGACAAUUGCACGGUGUGGGGCUGUGAGCAGUCAGGCAGGAGGGAGGCAGCACCGCUUCCAGUAAUUUGUACCGUAUAGCGUAAUAUAUCUUCGGGGUAGGUUCGCGAGCGCGGGACGAUCAACACAUUCUAGACGCGUCGCGUAUCCCCACCAGCCUGCCUUUGCCGCCUGACCUUUGUCUCGCGGCCGCGACCAAAAAAGUAUCCCCACCAGCCCAUCCAGAAAC